AUGGCGACUCCCCCACCGAGCAGCGGCUCAACAUCUUCCAGUCCUGGCUCGUCCUGUGCAGCAGUCGAGUCGCGCCAGGGAGAGGUUUGCCCGCUCGCACCCGCACCGCCGUCUAUGGUAGCGAAGUCGAAGAGGAACGCGGCGCACGACAAGCGACACGAGAAUGGCCUUGCGGCCCCCGGCAAGAAAAUCACAAAGCAGAAGAGCAUCCCGCAGCUCAAUGGCCACGCCAACGGGAAGCCCAGCGAGCCCUCGCCGCCGCUGCCCAGCCAUGUAGACACGACCGAGAUGACGCAGCACGCCAGCGCCCACGAUCCAGCUCCGGGGUCGAGCGCCCACGCCAACACCAUGGCCGCUGCUGCGUCGGCGGGAUCAGGGCACCGCACGCGCGCUGGCUCGGAUGCCUCGCUCGACAACACCCCCGAGGCCUGCCGCUCGUACGACAAUGGCAGCGCCGGCGGGCCCUUUGAUCCCAUGCCCUCGACUCUCCGCCGCGCCGACACCAAUGCCUCCAAGUCGGCGUCUAUCUCCAUGGCCAGCAUGCUCGCCGUGCCCGCCACCAUUCUCACGUCCUGUCCGCUGCGGGACGUCCUCGCCAUCCUCAUCAUCCUGCUCCAGCUGCCCCCCACCGUCCUCACCGUCGUCCAGUUCCUGUUCGCAACGCUUACUUUUGUCCCGCCCCAGGCCGGCACGCCCCUCUCCGCCCUCUCCGCCUUCCCCUCCUUCACCGACAUCUUCCAGGGCUCCGGCGGCACGCCCUCGCUCUUCACCACAAUCAUCGCCGACACCGUCAUCCUGCUCGUAUGGCUGCUGCUGUGGGUGCCUGCCCAGAAUUUCUUCCUCGACCUCGCACAGGCCGUUAUAGCCAUAGCGCUCGGCGGUGCCGCAGCCGGCAAGAAGGGCACGACCAACAGCAUUGUCAUAUGCUUCGUCAUCAUUCUUUCGAGCCACGUCUUCAGAUUCAGGCCUCUCCGGCAACACAUCGUCCACUUCCUGUGGACGGGGCUCGCCCGGGGAGGCCUUGAAUUCUUGACGAGCCCCCCGAGUACGCCGACCUAUUUGGAAAGCUUCUCGACCCCCCAUGGAUGGCCUCGUAGCCUCCUGGGCAUUCAUAUUUUGGCCCAAGGUGUCGUUCGUAUCAUCCGACGCUCUCUCUCUCGACGAGAACAAUCAACCUUACCCACCGGCAAGAAGACAGAUCCAGAGUCUGGCACGCUGCAACGCUCCAACUCCACGAACCUCGAUCCCACUGCCGACGUGCCCAACUCCUCGAGCACCGAUGGCCGCCCCCCGGGGCCGUCGCCUGCAGCACACGCAAUCAAGGAUAAAGCGAGUAGUGGGAGGAGGAAGAGGAAGCAAGCUACUCAUGUUCGUAGUCAGCAGCCAUUCUGGGCUGCACUUGCCAGUACAAAAGUUACAGUUUUAAAAGAGAUGGAGAGUAGCCGGGCGGCCAACGAUGCCGACGAGGCUAACGCAAAAGACGCAAAUCACAUUGGAAACGCUGUUUGGAGAUCGGAGGACGAUCGUGUUUGGAUUUCAGAAGUCGGCUUUUCCGACAUUUCAUUUCGUGUUAGUUUAUCUGGUGGAGCUGGCCUUCAAGAGCAGGACGACGAAGAUUCCAGCGUCGGGUCUGGGAUAGACAAGUCGAAGCCCUUCUACAUCCGCGUCAACGGCGCGGACUGGAGCUCAACCCGCAUCCGACAGAGCGAGCCGAUCGGAUUCCAGGGACAAGAGGGAACGGGCUACUGGGUAGGAGAAAUAUUUGGUCUAACGGCUCUCUCGAACUAUUAUUGCGAGUUUGUUCGGACCAACGACAACCAAGUCUUCUACUCAGCGAGUCUUAUUACCUCGGCCAGCCCGGUAACCGAACUUGCUUCAGCUUCUAUUGCCUCCCCGCCAGCCCAUCAGACCCUACGACCUUCUUCGCCAACAACCACGUUGAAGAACUCUAUUGCCGCAGCCGACCAGCAACUACAGGAACAGCGCAAUCGAUUGAAGCGAAACAAGAAAGACCACAAGACAGCCAUUACCAACAUCAAGAAAGAGGUAGACACGCUCGGCAACCGCCUUGCCAACGCCGGAGGUAGUGAUGAGCGCCAACGCCAGCGCGUCCUUCAAUUCACGCAGAACAUCCGCCAAGCUGACGAUGCUGCCGCCGAGUUUUCCCUUCAAGCAGAAAAUCUGGGAAGCAUUCCCGAAGAUGAGGCGAAGGAGGCUGCAGCCAAGAAGGCAGAGUGGAAGAAGGAGCGUGACAACAAGAAUGCUGUUGCUUGUGAAUUCGACAAGACCAAGGAGGAGAUCGAGCGACAAGUGCAAAGUGUGGAGUCCGAUAUUUCUACUGCCUUCCAGAAGAGGGAGCGCCUUCAGCAGCGUCAAACCAGGCUCAACGAGCAGCACGAUCGUCUCGUUACUGCCAACGCUGAAGGUUUCACCGCCAAGCAACGAAGGGAGCAAGAACGCGCAGCAUUACGAGCACAGCGCGCUGAAGUCGAGCACCAGUAUCGGAGCAACAUCAAUGGUUACGAAAGACGCACUGAGGAGCAGAACAUGUCAACCAGCCAAAUCCUGCAGACUGUUCAGCAGUACGAAGAGCUCCUCCUCCAGCAAGCGCACCAGCACAUGUCUGUUCCCACCACACCAGAAGGCAAUCUCCCAGGCACGAACAUGUCGCCUCACGGCAAUGGUUUCUCCAGCUUCACGUUCCCGUCAAUGCACUCGCACAUGAACGGCACUCCCGGUUCCAUGCGUGGAGGUCGCGGUCGUUCCUCGUCGAUGCUCUCUAACGUAUCCGGAUUCACCGACGCUUUCGACGAGCCCGCGUCUUCAGGCACUUAUGUCCUCGGUAACCCCUUCAGCACUCCAGGUCCGAUCAAUGGCCGCAAUCGCAGUCACGGUAGUGGCAGCCUCAGCUCAGGAACCUCCAGUCAGAGUUCGAGCCAACGAGACCCAUUGAGCCCAGUCCAGAGUAUUAAGCCGAUGAUGGUGCGGAGUCCUACUAGUGGUAGUGGUAACAGUCUGAUGAGUCCGAUUGGCACUGGCAGAUGA